AUGGCUGCUAUCGCAUUCUCCAAGCCAGUCUCCAACAUCGCCGCUGCCUUUGCGGCCCAGUCGGCUUCCUCGAACAUCCCCAUCCACCAGCCCGACUCCACUGGGCGUCAUGGCCCCGGCCCGCUGCCCACUCCUCCGCACUCCAUCUCGCCGACGCUAUCCGCCCACAAGGCCCGUCCUAGCCUCCAUGCUCGCGCACGCGCCUCUGAACCUGCCGAAAUGGAUAUAGACUUGGAGGAUGCCGUCGAGCAUGCCAAAGCCCAGGACCAGCCUGCUUCCGCACUCUCCAAGGAGGCUCUGGCCGGUCUGGAUGCCACUCGUCAGAUCACCGCCAUCAUGCUCGCUAAGCACCAUCUCCCAGGAAUCAUUCUGGGUCACGGCGCCAUGCCCAUCCGCGAGAUGAUGGCCCAUCUGACCCAGUCAGUCCCAGGCUUCUCCCGCUUGGCCCCUUCCAAGGCCCGAAGGCUCGUGGUUGCCGCGCUGGAACAUCGCGCUGGCGGUGGCCUUCAUGGCGAGGUCAAGUUCGAGAAGGUCGGCUGGGGCCGUUGGAGCGUUGCGGGACACGCAAACCACACCGACCGUGGACUGCCUAUCGGCGCUCACGGUAGGAAUGGGCCCACUCCACCAGCUAGCGUGGAUAGCAACUCCGAUGGCCUCCUCCGGUCCAAGAACAUGCGCAACGAGCGCGAUGUCUAUUCCGGUAGCUGGAAGGCUGGCACUCCCGAUAGUCGGGACGAGGAGAUGGCCGACCACAUGUCUUUGGACGGCUCCGAGGACACCGAGUCCGACACGUCCGACAUGGAUCUGGAAAACGAUCUGAACGACGACACGGACGAAGAAGACUGGUCUUCGAUUGGACCAGAAGCUCUUCGCCAGAAGAGUCGUAACGCCCGCCCCGUGUAUCGCGAUUAUAACUACCUUUCCCGAACAUCGGGCGCGCGUUUCCGCUCAGUUUCAGCACAGUCUGUGCCCCUUUCUCAUGCCGCGAGGACCACCACCCCGGCCUUUAAUUCUUCUUCUUACACUGCAUCCCGCGGUAACGCGGGCACUCUUCAUGCAUCAAGCGGCGCUAUGGGCUCUGGAAACCCAAACGCAGAGCGCGAGGCCAUUGAGGCCUUGAUUGCCAUGGGUUCCAUGUAA